AACAAAGAUCCCAAAUUUGGCGCCGGCGAAACCAACGGUUGGAAUUUGAGAACUCCUCUUCAUACUUGUUUGACCAUUAAAACCUAACCUCCAAGAAAGCUCCAAUCUUUGUGCGGUACACCAAAGCUCUAGAAAAAAGGAAAGAGGGUUCUCUCUCUCUCUCUCUGUCUCUCCGGCACCCAACCUGAGCUCCUCCGGCGAGCUUCUCCGGCUACCAGAAAUGCCGGAGGAAAAAGUGUUCCCAUCGGAAUCAGCCGACGACGAUGAAGACGACGAUGACGAAUCAAGCACAAUGUCGUACCAAGAAUCCACUGAGGACAUUCUCGAUCCCACCCCUCAAGAUAUCUUCGAAAACCCAGAUUCGAUCGAGCUCAAGAAAUCGAGAAAGUACGCGUUGUUGGAAUUCCGGUGCAGGGUCGAAGACGCGAUUCUGGGAAAAUACAUUCUCGGGAAAAACAGGGGAAGAUUCGCCUCCAAUGUGAGGGAAAAUUUCAGAGACAUAACUCUGUGGGGAGUCCCUCUUUUGCCGAGUAAAGCUCACGAGGGGACUGACAUUGUGCUGAUGAAAUUUUUGAAAGCCAAGGAUUAUAACGCUUCUGAGGCCUUCAAUUUGCUUCGGAGGACAUUGAAGUGGCGAAAAGCGUAUAAUUGUGAUGUGAUUUGUGAGGAGAAAUUGGGGUCUAGUGAUGGAAAUGUGGUGUGUAUUAAUGGGGAAGAUAAACAGGGGAGGCCAGUGUGUUACAAUGUGUUUGGGGCAUUUAAAGAGAGGGAAUUGAGGAAGAAUGGUAAUAAUAAUGGGUUUGGGGUGGAAGAAGAGAAAAGUGAGGAGUUUUUGAGAUGGAAAGUACAAUCCAUGGAAAAGUGUAUAAAGCAACUCAGAUUUAAGGUGGGUGGGGUGGACUCUGUUCUGCAGAUUACGGAUAUGAAGAACUCGCCUGGACCUGCCAUGAAAGAGCUGCGUUCGCUUAACAAGAAGACCAUGGUGUUGUUUCAAGAAAAUUACCCUGAACUCAUCUUCAGGAAUAUAUUCAUAAAUGUUCCAUUUUGGUAUUUUCUGAGCCAUGCCCUACACUCAAAGUUCUCUCAGAGAACAAAGAAAAAGUUCAUCUUUGCCAGGCCAUCAAGAGCCACACAGACCCUCCUUAAGUACAUAUCCACGGAGAACAUACCGUUACAAUAUGGUGGCCUCAAGAGGGACAAGGACAUGGAGUUUUCUCCCUGUGACAAAGCUUUAAGCAAGAAAGUCAGAGGAAAUGCAGUGCAGAUCAUUCAAAUUCCUAUUGCGGAGGCCGGAGUGACAGUUACUUGGGAUGUAACCGUGGUUGGAUUUGAUGUGGCCUACAAGGAGGAAUUUAUUCCAGACGAUGAUUGUUCAUAUAAUGUUUUGCUACAAGAAGAAAAGAAAAUGAGAGAAAGUGCUAGAAAUUCGUUUUACAUAUAUGAACCUGGGAAGAUUGUGAUAACCAUUUGCAAUGGAACAGCGAAGAAGAAGAAGAUUUUCUACAGGCACAAAAGCAAGCCCACUCUUCCCCUGUACAUCCCCAAGUGAUUGGUGUUUUAAUUCUUCUGGAUUUAAUUACUGGUUUUUCAUGUUAGUAUGGUUAAGCACUUUGUUGUUUUUGUGAACUUUGUAAGAUUUACUUGUCUGCUUAUUAUGACUAAGGAUUUGUUAAUAGUGUAUAUAUCUCUUGUCUUCUCA